UUUCAUUUCAUUCCAUUUCACGGUGCUCUUUUUACUUUCUGGCAAACUCAUUUUUUACACUCCCCCGAAAAAAAAUCGAAAAAGUAACGCCACGAACUUUCCAGCAAGCGAAUAGGGAAUCAACUGAAACCGAAUCCAUCCCAAUCCCGGUACUACAAAAACUUAAGGGUUUUUGUGAUUUCGCAUCAUGCUGCGGGUUUUCAAGAUGCGAACUGCUCUGCAGAGUCAAAAGAUUAUGCGAUCUAUGUGUUAUGAUUCGCAACGCAUGAAGGCGCCAUUUCUCCAGGGCAGCCAAACACCCUCGAGUCCCGAGGAUUUUGACCAGGACAAAGAGGAGCCCCAGCCGGUGGUGCCACGCCCACGCACCGCCCUCCACAAUCCGCUAAGUCGACGUCACACGGUAAAUAGCUCGCGACUGCAGUACAUUAAUGACAAAUACAAGGAGCUGGCCAACGAGGUGGAGCUGCGGAAGCCCAAGGCCAAACAAUUCGUGACCCGCCACGCCCUACAUUCGGGGCGUUUCGAUAAGUAGAAUGGGAUCCUGCAUCCCUUUCCUCUCUCCAAAAACCGAAAAUGAUCCAGAAAUACCCACUACAUUAUGGUUGAUUCAUUAAACUUCAGAGCGCAGUCGAUUGUUUAAUAAAUAGGGCAUACUUUCGCCUGUUAGAUCACAAA